UGCUGGUCGGCCACCCGGCGGAGCGAUGGCGGCGGUGAAGCGGGAGCGAGAGGCAGAACCCGACGGCGGGGAUGAGGGGGAGCAGGAGUCAGUGCCUUCAAAGAUCAUGAGAAUUCAAGGUCAGGAGGAGGAAGAUGACCGAAGUCGACAUUGCCCUUAUCUGGACACCAUCAAUAGGAGUGUGCUGGAUUUUGACUUUGAAAAGCUGUGCUCCGUCUCCCUUUCUCACAUCAACGUUUAUGCCUGCUUGGUGUGCGGCAAAUACUUCCAAGGGCGAGGCCUGAAGUCAUAUGCUAACAUUCAUAGCGUUCAGGUCGGCCACCACGUCUUUCUGAAUCUGCACACGUUGAAGUUCUACUGCCUACCGGACAACUAUGAAAUCAUCGACUCCUCUCUUGAAGACAUAACAUAUGUGUUGAAACCAACUUUCACGAAACAACACAUUGCAAACUUGGACAAACAAUCCAAACUGUCACGGGCUUACGAUGGAACUACCUAUCUACCAGGGAUUGUUGGACUGAACAACAUCAAGGCAAAUGAUUAUGCCAAUGUGGUGUUACAGGCUCUGUCAAAUGUGCCCCCGUUACGGAACUAUUUCUUGGAAGAAGAAAACUAUAAGGAUAUCAAGCGGCCACCAGGAGACAUAAUGUUCCUACUGGUGCAGAGGUUUGGAGAGCUGAUGAGAAAACUCAGGAAUCCCAGGAACUUCAAAGCUCAUGUGUCUCCUCAUGAAAUGUUGCAGGCUGUAGUCCUGUGCAGCAAGAAACGUUUCCAAAUUACCAAACAGGGUGAUGCUGUUGACUUCCUGUCCUGGUUCCUAAAUGCACUUCAUAUGGCUUUAGGAGGGAACAAGAAGAAAAAGACCAUCAUCAACAGUGUGUUCCAGGGUUCCAUGCGGAUAUUUACAAAGAAGCUGCCUCCACCAGAUCUGACACCCGAGGAAAAAGAGCAACUGUUGGAAAUGCAGGAGUUCAAGGAAACAAUGACAGAGUCCACAUUCCUGUACUUGACGCUUGACCUGCCAACUGCCCCUCUGUAUAAGGAUGAGAAGGAGCAGCUGAUCAUUCCACAAGUUCCGCUCUUCAACAUCUUGGCAAAAUUCAAUGGCAUCACAGAGAAGGAGUAUAAAACUUACAAGGAGAAUUUCCUGAAGAGGUUCCAGCUGACAAAGCUACCCCCCUAUCUCAUCUUCUACAUCAAGAGAUUCACAAAGAAUAAUUUCUUCAUAGAGAAGAACCCCACCAUCGUCAAUUUUCCAAUAACGAAUGUGGAUUUAAGAGAAUACCUGUCCGAAGAGGUUCAGGCUGUGCACAAACACACCACCUAUGACCUAAUAGGUAAUGUGGUACACGAUGGAAAGCCUGGUGAAGGAGCAUAUCGGGUCCACGUUUUGCAUCACGGUACAGGGAAGUGGUACGAGCUGCAAGAUCUACAAGUAAUUGACAUUUUGCCACAGAUGAUUACUUUAUCUGAGGCUUACAUUCAGAUCUGGAAGAGGCGAGAAGACGGUGAUGAAAGUCUGCCCAGUCAGAACGGUGCAUGAACGGGGUCAGAGAGAAUCAGCUGACCCAUGAUUAUGGCAGCCUUGACGUGAGCAGAUCUGGAAGCUGUUGGCAUUAGCUAAACCAAACUCUGACUAUAUCCCAGUGUUCGGCAGAUAUGGAUUGAACUGAUUUGUCAUUGGUGCAAAGUGAUUUCCCACCUCUGCUGCUGCACGUCUAAAGGAAAGAAUAAGAAGUUCAAUACUGACUUGUGAAGGGAGUACAGUAACUCAGAUCCUGCUACCAGGAGGUAUUGCCAUGACUAUUUUGAUGGAAUGGGUCUCAUUUGACAGAGUGCCAUGCAACAGCAGAAAUUAUUCCAUUUGCCUGGGAACGGCACCAACUGAUUUAAUCACCUCCUGUUCUCUUCAUUUUUGUCCUUGUGUUCUGUUUGCUGGAACACUGACAAUGAUUCCCAUAGGAUGUUGCAAAUCUCACUGUAUUUUUGUUAUGACCUUGCUUUAUUUUGUUCAAGCAUUCUGGCUGAUGUUUCAAAUGCUGCAGAGCUGAGAAGAGAGAUAAGUUACUGUAUUUUACAGCCAUUCCAGGUUGCAGAAACUGGCUGUAUGUCUUGUUUCAGACCGGAAACAUCAGUGUGUAAUUCCCAGGUCUUAAUUUUGUAAAAUGUUUUUGAGUGGAUUCAACUGCGUAAGACCUUUUGGUCAGUCCCGAACACUGAAGGAGGGUGGUCUGGGGAUUUGGGGUGGUUUUUGGAUUGGUUUGAAAUAAUUUCUACUCUUACUCUAUUUUAUAGAAAUUAUAUCACUGAAGUAUUUUCCUGUCUGCUUCUUACCUUCCAGCUCAUUUCUGUCAACCGGGGUAAAUAAAAUUUUCAGAAUUGUUUUAGCAUUGAGCAACUGGUGUCAGUAUGAAUACUCUAUUGUUGAUAUAACUGAACAAAUCUUAACCACCUGAAGAGUGACACCAUAUGUUAUGUUCCAAUUGUUUGCCCUUCUGCAGGUGAUAGCUUUUACCUGCUGUCUAACAAACGUACAAGCCCGGAUGGUGGUGAUCGACAAUCUUAUUUGAGCAGGAUUUGGUCCUCUGGCAACUGUUCGUUUUGUGCAUACCCUUAUCCUGGGGCACUUUGGAUAAUGGAAAACUAAUUACAUUUAUAGUUUUAUAAUUAAGAGUUGCACAGUCACGCAGAACAAGGCAGCAGGCCAUUGACAUCCCAAGUCUGUCUCAACUAUGGAGUACAUCUUUACAUGAACCCUACACUAAUCCUAUUGUCAUUCUCCUCAGAUUUUACCUAGGGACAGGGGACUUCCAACCUACAAGCCUGAACAUCCGUGUGAUGUGGAGGGAACCCAAUAGCACCUGGGCAAAAGCCACACACACAGUCACAGCAGGAACAUGUAACCCCCAAACCGUCAGAGGCUGAGGUUUAAAUCUGGGUCACUGGGCAGUCUUCUACUGUGGGGAAGAUGGAUUC